AAACCACCCGCUUGCAUAAUAUCAAGCUCUAUGGCCGGCUCUCCCAGAAAAAACAACUGUGACGAUAGAUCUAAAAAUAAUUAGAAGCAACGCGAAACACUACUGCGUGUGAAAGCUAGUAGAUCGGAUAGAUGUACGUACAGUUUGCAGUUAUUUGUGUAAAAUGUGUGUUUCAUGAAAAUUACUACCGGUAAAGAGGAAAGUAGGUAUUAUAUCCGGGCCGGUAAUAGAUAUCAGCCAACCUACUUAUAAAGAAAGUCGUUUACCUACGACACAACUUCUAAAUGUGAAAUUAACAAUUUCCCGGUGUAUAUUUAGAUCACCAUGCAGAGAUUCAAGCAGCCCAAGUCUCUGGAGACGUUGUCUCUGAGCCGGCUGGCGGAUUGGGUGGCGCUGCAGGCGGAGCGGCAGAUGGCGCCCAUCGGGGCCCUGGCGCAGCGCGACGUGGCGGGCGCGCAGACCACGCUUGCGCACCUCGUCGCCACCACGCGCACGCACCUCGAAUACAACGUGCCCUGGAUGCUCUACGAUCCACUAGCCAUAGAGUGCAUACGAGCGCUAACUGAACUACUAGACAAAAUCAAACAGGCGCUCGGAUUCCGAGUGGCAAUGGGAAAAUUUGUCAGCCAAAUGAAUAUCGCAGUUUCAAUGAUAGAAGUAGUUUUCACACAAUCUUUAACCUUUCUAUCAAUUGAUACUAUCCCAAAAAUAAUGCGAUCAGUGUUUUAUAACAAACUUCAUAUGCUCACAGGUUUAGAGUUCUUAAAUCUGGGGUCUCUAUCGGGAGGAUGGAAAACGUCCGACAUGGAAGUUUCCAUCAUACAGGCUCUGAAAGAGCUGCAUCGUCUCAAGUACUUGUGCAUUAAUUAUGAUUGUACUGAUAAUAUACUAAGGUGCAUAGUAGCUAACUGUACGAAUAUUCAAAAGCUGGACGUAUCUUCGUCAAAAAGUAUAACAGAUGAUAGCAUAGAUAUAAUAGCGAAAUUAAAGUCAUUGAAAAGUAUACAGUUGUAUAGAACGUUUGUGACUGUAGGGGGUUUUGCUAAGCUACUGAUCCGAUGUAAGAAACUGGAGGAUAUAGGCAGGUGUGAUGAUAUAGGGAGAGUUCUAGAAUAUAUAGACCUGUCUGAUUCUGAGGCACCACCAUUUUAUCUAACAACCUAUGUAAGCAGAUAUGCACCUCAAAAUCAUUUGCAAUUAGCUGUUGACAUGUGUCCCUACAUUCGAUGUAUGACGGUCUUCCAUAAUCGCAAUUCCGUUCAAAGUGACCUUAUGGUUUUAAUAGGAUUAAAGGAUUUGCGUGAUCUGAAACUGUUGUCAUGCGAUUUUUAUGCUGAUCAAUUAAAGCAAGUUUUACAAGUGAAGGGGUGCAACAUCACCCACCUGCACCUCGAGCACGUGGAUCAAAUAGAUUUGAAUGCUCUCAUGUACAUUAGUCAAAUGUGUCCUCUUUUGGAGAGUUUUACUUUGUAUAAUUGCACUUUAAUUCAGCAUACUUCCCUGUACACGAAAAAGUUGGACUUAUUACCGUUUAGAAAUUUAAAACGAUUUACUUGCGUAGCUACGUGUACACACGAACAAUUGAUGUUUGUGUUGGCAAAUUCUCUGAACGUCGAAUUUGUGCACGUCGGCACUGCUGUUGAGUUGACUGAUGAAUUUAUAUUAAAGUUAUUAGACAAAAACCCAUUAAUUUAUCUUAAGGAGCUACGAAUCUUGCAAACCGAUUGUUUAACCAUUACAUCCUUACAGAGCAUAAUCGAAAGUUGUAUGUGCUUAGAAGUAUUAGUUGAGUUAGAGAGCUGGUCAUUACUAACAGACAGUGAUCGCGAAUAUAUUAGGAACUAUAUAAAAGUAAACAACUUUAAUAUAGAUACAGCACCAAUACGCAGGUAUGAUGUGUAAAUUCGAUUUUGAGGUAUCAAAGUAAUUCGGUCCCUAAUGUGGAAAUAGUGUCAGUACAAAUGAAUGAUGUGUGAAUAUGAAUACUCAAUCAAAUAUUGAGGUAUCCAAAAUAAUAUUGCACCUAUACAAUAAGGAAGGACUAUACAAGGGUGGAAAUUUACUAGUUUGUGAGCUUGCAGAAAGGAAGCCAUGUAUAAAGUAUACUUAUUCAGAUCUGGUUUAAAUACAUUGAUUGAUUGUAUAUUCAAAUUUUGAUUAGGUGUCAUCUUUUAAAAAGAUAGCAAAUGAUUGUUUUUCUAUGUGAAACAAAUAUUUGUUUCCAAUUUGCUAAAUUGGGCCCAAAACUGAUGAGUGAGUGGGUUUGUUUUUGUAGAUAUUUAGAUUGUACAGUAGUAAGCAAUUACCCUUGUAAAUAAUAAUUUAAUUAUGCUUUUAAUGUUCUAAUUUAACUGAAGACUUAAAAACUAAACUAAGACCAUGGCAUGUGUUAUGAUAUGAUAGGCUACAUAUCAAGUCAUAUUUUGUAACAGAACCCACAAGUUUUUAAAAUGGCAUUUAGGGCACCCUGAGACAUUUAUAGGUACCAUAUACUCAGUAGGUACAUAUUUAUAUUUAUAUGCUAGACUCAUUCCUCCACCACUUCAGUAAUAAAGUUUUACUUCAACAUCA